ACUCGUUUCAGUUGCUGACAGACCUUGUUCGGGCGCAGAGGAGAUCUCUGUUACUCCAAAGUUUUCUUUUUGUUUUUAUCACAAAUUUUUCUACAAAGAUGCUUUUGGUUCUACUGCCGUUAAUGAGCUGCUUGCUGGCCGUUCAAGCAAACUCAGUGGAAGAGGUUUUUCGAUCCCAUGAGGUAGUCCCCGAUGUCAUUCCCGAGCCGCCAAACCAGUUAUUAAAGGUCACGUACAGCAACAACCUGGUGGCCAAGGAUGGAGUGGAGCUUACGCCUACGCAGGUGAAGGAUCAGCCGACCGUGGAGUGGGACGCGCAGCCCGCCGACUUCUACACGCUUAUCAUGACGGAUCCCGAUGCACCUAGCCGAGCGGAGCCCAAGUUCCGCGAGUUCAAGCACUGGGUUCUGGUCAAUAUCGCCGGCAAUGACUUGACCAGCGGUGAUGCGAUCGCCGAAUAUAUUGGCUCCGGUCCUCCCCAGGGAACGGGUCUGCAUCGCUACGUCUUCCUGCUGUACAAACAAUCCGGCAAACUGGAAUUCGACGAGGAACGUGUGAGCAACAAAUCACGAAAGGAUCGGCCCAAAUUCAGUGCCGUCAAGUUCGCCAAGAAACAUCAGCUGGGCACUCCCAUCGCCGGAACUUUCUACCAAGCCCAGUACGAUGACUAUGUGCCUAAACUGCACAAGCAACUUUCGGAAAAUUGAUGUUCUUUUCUGUACAUUUUAAGCCAAUAAGCAGUCAUUUGAAGACUUUACAAAAUAAAACAUUUUAAAUAAAG